CUUCGAGCAGGUUUGCUCUUUGCUCUUUCGGUCACUGAGAUUAACAUCUCUCUAGUUUUACUAACUAGCACAUUACCUCCAGGUUUGCUCUUUGCUCUUUCGGUCACUGAGAUUAACAUCUCUCUAGUUUUACUAACUAGCACAUUACCUCCAGCUUCAUAACCAACUCGCAAUUUAAUUGAUGUCUGUCAUCAUCAUCACAUCCUCGUGAUUGAGUAACAAAUGGUUUUGUCCCCAUUCCAGGAUUUCAAUUUCAAAGGUUUCGAGGUAGAUAGAGUUAACUUCACAUUUGACAACAUCAUUAAAAAACAUUUGGAUCAUGUUAAAUGGAUCAAGUGGAAUGUUCCCAAACAGAUGCCAAACUUAUCUGUGGAACCGAUCUCUCGACUUACUGGACUUACUCAUCUCUGUUUAACAUCAUCUCCUAUGGUCCUGGACAAACACUCUUACACCGAAAGAUUUAUAGUAGACCUGAUCUCUAAACUUCCAAGACUCCAAAGUUUCACUUGUUCGGAGAUUGUUGCUACUCAUCCAAACCCUUGGGAUGGUACAAAAGAUGGUCCAGAUUCUCACUCUCCACUUGGAAUUCAUCUCGCUUCACUCACUGAUCUUACUGAAUUAGAAUUAGAAGAAGUACAAUGUUUGGAUGCAAGUUGGAAUCAACAUAAAUGGAGUUGUUCAUUGACGUCGUUAUCAUUAAUAGAUUGUGAACGGGUUUCAGCAUCAGUCUUACAUGGUCUUGUUAAUCUUUUCAAAUCGAGCUUAACAACACUUAUAUUUUAUAACGUUGACCUUCAUUAUCGUCCUACUUUGAAAUCACAAUCAAUUCUUGAAGACAUCAAAAAUGAUAAUUUUAAAUUUGAGUUACCCGGACUGACCACCUUAGAAAUCUCAAGCUGCUUACCACUUCAAUUCUUGAAAUCUUUUCGACAUUCAAAAAAUCUUUCAUGGCUCUUAAUAAGUGAUAAUACGUUUUACAAGAAUCAAGAUUUAGGAGACAUCAUUCAACUUCAACUUUGGCCUAAUUUAAAGACAUUUGAAAUCAAAAACGGAUCACCAUUUCUUUCUUAUAGAGAAGUUGAAGAACUCAAAGUUGUUUGUCAGCAACACACAAUUGAACUGGUUGUUGAUAGUUUUUUUUAUUUUGAUGAGUAUGAAGUUCCUGAUCCUUAUUAGUGAGGGAUGAAGAUGAAGAGGAUGAUUAUGUUGCUUUUGAGAUGUUCAAUUCAGAGAAAGAGUCAUGGACAAUGGCGAGGCAUUGCAUUUGGUCGAUGGCUGGGAUACUGUUUACAUUGUAUAGAUUUGCUCCAUGAUGUUUCCCUUUUCAAAUUGUCCUCCUCAUGCAAAGACCAUGACCUCGGGACAUGGUGAUGAACACUUCUUGAAGAUGCUGUCUGAACAUAUGUAGACAGUUGGUAGGAAGAAACUUUUCAAAAGGUUCUCCGCAAUGGUUGAUUGUUGCGAAGGUAGGAAAUGUGAAAUUGCAACGCGCAUCAGCGCGCAUGAUCGA